UCCGUAAACAGUGCACAAAGACUCAUAAGUUGUUUGAUAUGGUCAUGAUAACUUCGCCCUUACCGAACCAAUGUUUAUUACCCAACAAUAGCGUUGUAAAUAGUAGUGUUGUCGAGUUUUUCGAAAGCCUUUUGUUCAAUCAACAGUGUUUUCUAACCGUUAAACAAACUGUGACUCCGUAUGUCGGAUUUUGGAACAGUUUCCUCGUUCUACAUCAAUCGACUGUGCCUCUGCAAAUUAUGGAAACUAGAUUCAAAAGUGGAAACCGCGGAGGUAGUACGUUAAGAACCGCCGCAGGGGUGAUAAACACUGGUGGAGGUGGGGGCGCUGGUGGUGGAGGCGGCGUAGGUAGGGUGUGCGAAGUACGACGCAUCUAUAAGACGGCACUAGUGCCGUGCAAAACGGCCCGCCGCCGGGCUCGUGGAAUGAGCAUGGGGCAGAAGGUAUCAGGAGGAGUUAAAUCUGUCAAUAGAGAUGCUGCCGCACCUUAUAAACCAGUGAUUCCCAGAGAAUUGGCACAGGAUUUUGCCCGCCCACCUAGGCUUGACAUGCUCCUUGACAUGCCACCCGCAAUAAGGGAAACCCAACUGAAAUAUAGCUGGAAUCAGGAUGAUCGAUCUCUCAACAUAUUCGUAAAAGAUGACGAUAGACUUACAUUUCACAGGCAUCCCGUAGCCCAAAGUACUGACUGUAUAAGAGGAAAAGUUGGUUUAACAAAAGGAAUGCACUGUUGGGAAGUGAGUUGGUCGACAAGACAAAGAGGGACACAUGCAGUGGUCGGUGUGGCUACAGCCGAAGCGCCUCUACACUCUGUUGGUUAUCAGAGUUUAGUUGGCAGUACAGAUACUUCGUGGGGUUGGGAUUUAGGUCGUAACAAACUAUACCACGACUCGAAAAAUUAUCCGGGCGUGACUUACCCGGCUCUGUUGAAACCCGACGAAACUUUCAUAGUGCCGGAUAAAUUUCUGGUCGUAUUGGAUAUGGACGAAGGUACGUUGAGUUUUGUCGUCGAUGGACAAUAUUUGGGUGUCGCGUUCAGAGGUUUAAAGGGGCGAAAGUUGUAUCCUAUCGUCAGCGCCGUAUGGGGACAUUGUGAGAUUACGAUGAGAUAUAUUGGAGGAUUGGAUCCCGAGCCUCUGCCGCUUAUGGAUUUGUGCCGCCGCGUAAUAAGGCAACGCCUGGGCAAACAACUUCUGGAGGACAAAGUAAUGAAUCUGCAGCUUCCACAAGCAUUACAAACUUACCUGCUUUACCGUGAUAGAAGAUAAUACCAAAAUAUGCAUAGUGCAGUGAACUAAAAUAUAACAUGGAUUUUUUUAUUUAAAAAAAAAAACUUCAUUUGCAAUCAAUACAAAAAAUUUUAAAAACGCGUACAAACUGUCUAUAUAUACGAAAAGACGACUGGUUUUUUGAAUUUUGCAAUUAUUGCUCUGUGAUGUGAUGGUAGUUAAUGUGAACAAAAAGAAAAAAACGGACUUCUCGUACUGAUAAACAGAAGGAUUUUUUUUAGUGAGUUUUAGGUUAAUAUAACUCAGGCAUAGAACGAAUGAAUCAACUCAUAAUCCCAACCAAAAUGAGAUUAUAAUAAUGAUUUUUUUUUAUUCAUUUUUUCGAAAUGGACAAUUUGUUCGGUUCGAUAAUUAUGUGAAAUUUCUGACGCCAUAGUUUCUAGACGAAUUUGUUCAAACAAAAAAAAAUAUAAAAGAACGUACAGAGCCGCUUCUGAAAUUGAAAUGAUGGAAAAGAGAUCUGUAGAGUUGAAUACAGGGUUUGAGUCACGACGAAAAUGGCAAGCAGCCAUUAAAAUUUUAAAAUUGUUAUAGAGGUUCAGUGUAGUUAAAUUCAUUACAUACCCCCAUUAUUUAAAAAUCCCGUCCAAGUCCCAUUCUAACCCCCCCUUAGUGAACAGCAGUCUCACAUAGUUCACUCAUCUUUUUUAUUUCUUCAUUGAUUUUACUUUGAAAUUGCCGUAAAAUAAGGGGGGGGGUUAAAAAAUUUGUGACAAUUUGAACCUGCUAUAAAAACUCAGCAAUCUUGAAAAAAAUGAAAUUUAUUUCUAUACAUAUUGGUUUGGAGAAAAAAAAGAAGUAAGUAAUUGAUAUUGUGAAUAGAGUAAAUGCUAUUAUUAUUCUUCGUCGUGACUCAUCUACUUGUUAAGUAUGAAAUUUAUUAAUACUUCCAAUAUUAAUCAAUUCUGGGGGUGUUCAACUUGCAACUGUACUUUUGAACUCCAAUUUAAUGAGAUAAUAAUUGACAGAAUGAUAUAUGGCAUGCGAAACAUUUAAUUGACUGACGAAGUUUGCAACAGCCCAUUUGUUAGUCUGUUAGUUAAUAUGUGUCAUUGCUGAUGAUCUGUUUUUUUUUAAUCUCAUAGUGUGUAAAAAUUGAAAAACAAUAGUUCAAAAUGUCAAAUUUUGAUCGUUACAAGGGAUGUUUCUCGUUCGGUGUUAAUUUUAUUUUCGUGUAAGAAUUGAAGUGAAAUUUUUUGCUUGGAUCAAUUUGUAUAUAUUUGUUUUCCAAAGAAAUGUUUGCCUUAAUUAAAAUGGGUAAAUAAAGGGGAUUGUGUGAUACCUUUUUUAAAAUAUUUACCAAAAACUCAAAAAUAAGGUAGUUUUUAAAAUAAAAAAAGAAACAUGUCAACUUUU